CGGGAAGUGUAGUCCUCGGGGGCGCACGCAGUGUAAGACUGGAAACAUCUGGGCUGAAUGGACUUUAGCAUCAAAAGAAGUUCUCAACUGUUAACUCGAAAAAUUAACUACAUCAAAAUGAAGCAGGUACCAGAGAUCCUUGGAAAUACCAAUGGGAAAACUCAGAAUUGUGAAGUGAAUCGUGAGUGUUCUGUCUACUUGGGCAAAGCACAGCUUUCUGCCACUCUACAAGAAGGUGUCAUGCAAAAAUAUAAUGGCCAUGAGGCUCUUCCAUUUAUUCCAGCUGAUAAAUUGAAAGAUCUAACCUCUCGCGUGUUUAAUGGCGAGUCUGGGGCCCAAGAUGCCAAGCUGCGCUUUGAACCCCAGGAAAUAAAGGGAGUUGGAACGCCACCCAACACUACUCCUAUCAAGAAUGGCUCUCCAGAAAUUAAGCUGAAAAUCACUAAAACCUACAUGAAUGGAAAGCCUCUUUUUGAAUCUUCCAUUUGUGGAGACAAUGGUGCAGAUGUGUCUCAGUCAGAGGAAAAUGAACAAAAGCCAGCAAACAAGGAGAGAAGAAACAGAAAAAGAAGCAUAAAAUACGACUCCUUACUUGAGCAGGGUCUUGUUGAAGCAGCGUUAGUAUCAAAGACCUCAAGCCCCACUGAAAAGAAGGCUCCUGCUAAGAGAGAUCCGACUCAAAGUACCAUCAAAGAAGACAAAGUCCAUGUGUUGAAGUAUAAUAUAGGAGAUCUAGUGUGGUCAAAAGUGUCUGGUUUUCCAUGGUGGCCAUGUAUGGUUUCUGCUGAUCCUGUUCUCCAUUCCUACACUAAACUAAAAGGACAGAAAAAGAGUUUUCGUCAAUAUCAUGUUCAAUUUUUUGGAGAUGCCCCAGAGCGAGCCUGGAUAUUUGAGAAGAGCCUUGUGCCCUUCAAAGAAAAAGACCAGUUUGAACAAUUAUGCCAGGAAAGUGCAAAACAAGCCCUCACUAAAGCAGAGAAAAUAAAGAUGUUAAAGCCUGUUUCAGGGAAGCUGCGGCCACAGUGGGAGAUGGGUGUUAAGCAAGCAAGUGAAGCAGUAGGCAUGACAGUGGAAGAACGGAAGGCCAAGUACACCUUCAUCUAUGUUAGGGACAGACCUCAUCUUAAUCCUCGAGUGGCAAAGGAAGUUGGCAUUGCUGUGGAACCAUUAGAGGAGAUAGAUGAGUCAUCUUACUCAAAUGAAGAAACCAGUCAAAAUCUGAAAUCGAUGAAGGAGUCUGGCAUUCCUACCAAGAGGAGGAGAAGGACAUCAAAAUUGUCUACCACUGAUGAUAUGCAAGAAAGCAGUCAGUCAGGGACUAAGAAUACUACUCCUCAGAAGUCAUCCGAACAGGCAGAAUCCAAAAGAGGGAUAGGCUCCCCUCUCAAUAGAAAGAAAACUCCAGCAUCUACUCCGCGAAGCAGAAAGGGCGAUGCAGUAUCUCAGUUUUUGGUCUUUUGUCAGAAGCACAGAGAUGAGGUGGUUGCUGAACAUCCAGAUGCUUCAAGUGAGGAGAUUGAAGAAUUGCUUGAAUCGCAGUGGAACAUGCUUAGUGAAAAACAGAAAGCUCGCUAUAACACAAAGUUUGCCAUAGUGACCUCUCCCAAAUCUGAAGAAGACUCUGGUAACUUACAUGGAAAUAAAAGAAACCAAAAAAAGAGGACAAAGGAACCUACAGAAGAUUUUGAAGUUCAGGAAGCACCUAGGAAAAGACUCAGGAUGGAUAAACAGAAUAAUCGGAAGAGGGAGACAAGCAAUGACAAAACAGCAAAAACAAACUCUUCUAAGGUCACAGAAACCUCCUCUUCACAAAAGAACCAGUCAGCAACGAAAAAUCUGUCUGAUGCAUGUAAACCUCUGAAGAAGCGAAAUCGGGCUUCAGCAGCAGAAUCUUCAACUCUUGCUUUUAGCAAGAGUUCAUCUCCUUCAGCUUCCUUAACUGAGAAUGAGAUCUCCGAUGGCCAAGGAGAUGAGCGGUCAGAGUCUCCCUAUGAAAGUGCUGAUGAAACUCAGACUGAAGUGUCUAUAUCAUCCAAAAAAUCUGAGCGAGGAGCAGGAACAAAAAAAGAAUAUGUGUGUCAGCUGUGUGAAAAAACAGGUGAUCUCCUACUGUGUGAAGGACUUUGCUAUCGAGCUUUUCAUGUAAGCUGCCUUGGGCUCUCUGGAAGACCAGCAGGAAAAUUCAUUUGUAGUGAAUGUACAUCAGGUGUGCAUACCUGUUUUGUUUGCAAAGAAAGGAAGGCAGAUGUGAAACGCUGUGUUGUAUCCCACUGCGGAAAAUUCUACCAUGAAGCUUGUGUGAAAAAAUUUCACCUUACUGUGUUUGAGAACAGGGGGUUUCGAUGUCCUCUCCACAGCUGCCUAAGUUGUCAUGUUAGUAACCCUUCACAUCCACGAAUUUCAAAAGGAAAGAUGAUGCGUUGUGUUCGCUGUCCUGUUGCAUACCAUGCUGGAGACGUUUGCAUUGCUGCGGGAUGUGCAGUCAUCGCUUCCAACAGCAUUGUUUGUACGAAUCAUUUCACUGCCAUGAAAGGAAAAAGUCAUCAUGCGCAUGUCAAUGUGAGCUGGUGCUUUGUGUGUUCAAAAGGAGGAAGCUUGUUGUGCUGCGAGUCAUGUCCUGCAGCGUUUCACCCAGACUGUUUAAACAUUGAAAUGCCAGAUGGGAGCUGGUACUGCAAUGACUGCAGGGCGGGGAAGAAACUCCAUUUCCAGGAUAUUAUUUGGGUUAAACUGGGAAAUUACAGAUGGUGGCCUGCAGAAGUUUGCCAUCCGAAAAAUGUUCCCCCAAAUAUCCAGAAAAUGAAGCAUGAAAUCGGAGAAUUUCCUGUGUUUUUCUUUGGUUCUAAGGAUUACUAUUGGACGCACCAAGCACGGGUGUUCCCUUACAUGGAGGGAGACAGAGGGAGUAGAUACCAGGGGAUCAAAGGAAUUGGAAAAGUCUUCAAAAAUGCUUUGCAAGAAGCUGAAGCUCGAUUUCGAGAAAUAAAGCUACAGCGAGAAGCCAAAGAAACCCAAGAAAGUGAGCGUAAACCUCCACCAUACAAGCAUAUUAAGGUGAAUAAACCUUGUGGUAAAGUGCAGAUAUAUACUGCUGACAUCUCUGAGAUUCCCAAGUGCAACUGCAAACCCACAGAUGAAAACCCUUGCGGCUUUGAUUCUGAGUGCCUAAAUCGAAUGCUGAUGUACGAAUGCCAUCCACAAGUUUGUCCAGCGGGAGAACGGUGCCAAAACCAGUGUUUUACAAAACGUCAGUACCCGGAGACAAAGAUCAUCAAAACCGAUGGGAAAGGGUGGGGUCUGGUCGCUAAGAGGGACAUUAAAAAGGGAGAGUUUGUGAAUGAGUAUGUCGGUGAGCUGAUUGAUGAAGAGGAAUGUAUGGCAAGAAUCAAAUAUGCACAUGAAAAUGACAUUACCCACUUCUAUAUGCUUACUAUUGAUAAGGACCGUAUUAUUGAUGCUGGCCCCAAAGGAAACUAUUCUCGUUUUAUGAAUCACAGCUGCCAACCAAAUUGUGAAACUCUAAAAUGGACAGUAAAUGGAGACACUCGUGUCGGCCUGUUUGCUGUGUGCGAUAUUCCUGCAGGGACGGAGCUGACUUUUAAUUAUAACCUUGACUGUCUGGGCAAUGAAAAAACAGUCUGCAAAUGUGGUGCCCCAAACUGCAGUGGAUUUCUUGGGGACAGACCAAAGAAUUCUUCCACUAAUGCCUCAGAAGAAAAAGGCAAAAAGACCAAAAAGAGAACACGGAGACGCAGAACGAAAAAUGAAGGGAAGAAAGAAUCUGAAGAUGAUUGUUUCCGUUGUGGUGAUGGAGGCCAGCUGGUAUUGUGUGACAGGAAAUCUUGUACUAAAGCUUAUCAUCUCUCCUGUCUUGGUUUGGUGAAACGUCCUUUUGGAAAGUGGGAGUGUCCUUGGCACCACUGUGAUGUUUGUGGCAAACCUUCUGUUUCUUUCUGCCACUUCUGCCCAAAUUCUUUCUGCAAGGAACACCAAGACGGGACAGUACUAAAUUCUAUGUUGAACGGACAGUUAUGCUGCUCUGAACAUGUUCUUGGGGUGGAUUCUGUUGAAAAUCAGAAGACUGAGAAACCCCGCAAAAAACUGAACAAGUUGAAGCCUAAGAGAAAGCAGAGGAACAGAUGGAUGAGAGCUGAAUGCAAAUAGUCAUGGACUGCAGUUUCUACUGCCAACACUAUCUUGUAGAUAAGUUGUGAAUAUGACCAGGGAAGGACACAAUUUUACAUAUAUUCUGUAAAGGUUACAUGGGGGGGAUUUUUUGUUUUGUUUUGUUUUGUUUUGUUUUUAUAAAUCCACUGAGCCAACCACAGCAGUCUUCUGCUGCUUCUGCACUGAUAACGAACUGCAUAGUUCAGAAAAUUUCAGGACAAACCAAACUUAUUACUCAGCAUUACAGUUACACUUGAAUUGUUACGAAUGUAAA